AGUUCGAAGUGUUUUCUCACGCGUGGCUUCUUAUGCUUCAGUUCAAGCUGGUACGUAGAAUUUCAAGAAUUGACAGAUGUAUUUCGGUUUAUAGACAAUAACGUAGUGCUGUAGAAUAUAAGAUUUAGAAGGUACUGAGGCAUGGCAGAAUUGGAGACAAUGGCAGAAUAUGGGACUUACCUUCCUGAUGUGAGCGGAGGGGAGGAUUCACUUCUUUCACCAACAGAGACCGUUCCCUCACUGAAUUUAGAACAAACAGAUGAGAAUGCUGGAAUCGAAGAUGAGGAGCUAGAAGCCAUCAAAGCCCGUGUCCGUGAGAUGGAGGAGGAGGCCGAGAAGUUAAAAGAGAUGCAGAAUGAAGUGGAUAAACAGAUGAAUCUGAGUUCACCUCCUCCUGCCCAAGCAGUAACACAUCUAUCAAUGGAGGAGAAGGGAGAGGUUGAUGCAAGAUCAGUCUAUGUUGGAAAUGUGGAUUAUUCAGCUACUGCAGAGGAAUUAGAAAGUCACUUUCACGGAUGUGGAUCAAUUAACAGAGUCACCAUCCUUUGUGAUAAGUUUACCGGACAUCCUAAAGGUUAUGCCUAUGUAGAAUUUGUAGAAAAGGACUCUGUAGACACAGCCUGUACAUUGAAUUUAUCUCUCUUUAAGGGUAGACAGAUUAAGGUUAAUGCAAAGAGGACGAACCGCCCUGGCAUCAGUACCACGGAUCGUCCUCCACGUGGGGGGUUCGCCGGCCAGCGUGGCAGAGGUAGAGGGCGCUAUGGUCAGUCAGCAUUUGGAGGAGGAGGAGGGUACGGAGGAGGUGGAUUCUACAGGGCGCAGAGGCCCAGAUUUAGGAACCGUCGUUUCGUUCGAUAUUCUCCAUACUGAGGACCUGGGAGCAAAAAAGAAGAGCAAGAGAAAAAAAGGGGGCAUGCAAAUUUUUCUUUUAUAGUGAAGGUAGUAGUAGAUGUAAGGUAAUGGUAUAAAGUCAUAAGGGCACCUACUUGUAAUUCACAAACAAGUGAAAUGUUAGGCAUUUGUUCUUGGAAAAUUUUCUGUUCUGAACCCGCUGGGUGUCCUAGCAAUAUUUCUUUUCCAGUUUUUAGAAAGCAGCAAUGCUUGUACUGCUACUACAUGUAUAUAUGUAAGGUUAUCAUUUUCUUAUCUCAUUUUCUGUAGUCCACUCUUAAUAUCUUAACACUUCAUUAAGCUACGCUAUGUUUCAUUUCUUUUUCAGGUUCCAGUAAUGU